CAAAAGGGGUUUAAGCCAAUUCAGCCAUAGGGGAAAUGCCAGGUGGUGCAUCUCUUACCAUCAGUGGAGGCCGUUUAAUCCUGGCAAAUGGGGAAAGUGCCCCGCUGACAACUGAUCCAACCACUGGAAUGAUGUCAAUACCUGUCUCAAUAUAUCAAAGUCUUAUGGCAUCCCAGCAACAGGGAACACUGGAUCUGGGGUCAACUGGUCAGGUGGUGUUCACACAGGCAACUACAAACCAGCAAGUCCAACAGCCUCAGAUUAUCACACAGCAGCAACUGGAGCAGCUGCAGCAGCUGCAGCAGCAACAAAGCCUCCAACAGCAUUUAGAGGCUCACCAGGAGAUUGUACAUGUAGGGGAACCUCUAGGUGUACAGUUAAAUCAACAACAUAUACAAGGUGCCAGUGGGGAUGGAUCAGAUAGCUUGAUAGCUACAGGAACUGUUGCAUGUAAAACUGAGACUUCAUAGUUAACAAACUGUUUGGAUAUUUUAAUAUGUAUUCUUUAUAUUUGUAUAUAAGAGCCAAUGUGUUCAAAUUAUGAAAAUGUGACAGAAGGGGAAAAUAACACCCCCAACUUUGUAAUGUUCUGCCAUAUAUCUAUUAAAUGAAAUAAGUCUCUGAGGUGUUGAGUAAGGGGAUAUUGAUCUUUACUUUACUAAAUAUCUUAAAUAGAAUUGUUCAUCUUUCAGUGUGGACUAGGUAGCACUGUAUGCUGUAUGCACAGGUAAGCAUUAUAUAUGCUGAAUUUCUGAAUGUACAAAGGUUGCAAGAACGACAUACACUGACGGAGUUUGAAAAUGCAUCCAUUGUUUUUUUCUCUUUUUUAUAAGGAAAGGCAUAUUCGAUUUUUAACUUUUUUUGCAAACUGAAGGACACGUGUCUAUAAUGCUCAUUUAAAAUUGUUACUGUCACAGCCUCUGUUGAGUUUAAGUUGAAAACGCAUGGUAACCUGCAUUCACAAAAAUCACAACCGACCUGUUUUAUGAGCAUAGUCCCAAUCUCAGUCAUGAUCUCACUGGGAUUGUUUAAGAUUAUGUCCC